GACAAUUUAGGAAGUUACUUUUUGUUGGGGUUUGGGUAUUUAGGAAUCUUAGGCUUUGCCUUGCACCAAACUCAUAUUCAUAUAACACUCCUUCGAUUCUUGUAUUCUCGUAUUAGCACAAGAUUUCGUUUUUGUCUAUCUAUGUCCCCAUCGUAAUUGAUGGUAUAACAUCAACAUGCAUAUGAUUAUUGGUUAUGAGAGAGUGAGAGUGCUGUUUCUUCUGUUUCUGAUACCACUGCCAACGGUUCUGGGUUGGGGCAAGGAGGGCCACUAUGCCACUUGUAAGAUUGCACAGGAGUAUCUUAGUGAAGAUGCUCUAUUUGCGGUCAAACAAUUGCUUCCAGAUUCUGCUCAAGGUGAUCUUGCUGCCGUUUGCUCUUGGGCUGAUGAGGUUGGCCAUACUCACCGCUAUCAUUGGAGCAGCGCUUUACAUUACGUUGACACACCGGAUUUCAAGUGUAACUAUGAAUACUGCAGAGACUGUCAUGAUUCUUACAGACAUAAACAUAGGUGUGUUAGUGGAGCAAUAUACAACUAUACAAUGCAACUUAAAUCAGCUGAUGCAGGCAUUUCAUCUGAAUUUAACUAUAACUUGACCGAGGCACUUAUGUUCUUGUCACAUUUUGUUGGGGAUAUUCAUCAGCCUCUACAUGUUGGUUUCACUGGAGAUCUGGGUGGAAACACAAUAACAGUUCAUUGGUACCGAAGGAAAGCAAAUCUUCAUUAUGUGUGGGAUGACUUGAUUAUUCAGUCUGCUCUAAAAACAUUCUAUGACUCUGAUCUUUCUAUUAUGAUACAAGCCAUUCAAAGGAAUAUUACAGAUAAUUGGCUAAAUGAUGUAUCAACUUGGGAACAUUGUGCUCACAACUACACAGCCUGUCCAAAUCGGUAUGCUUCUGAAAGCAUUAGCUUAGCAUGCAAAUUUGCUUACAGGAAUGCUACCCCAGGAAGCACUUUGAAAGAUGAGUACUUCCUUUCUCGGCUGCCUGUUGUGGAGAAAAGGCUGGCUCAAGGUGGUGUGCGACUUGCAGCUAUCCUUAACCGUAUUUUCACUUCUUCCAAGACCAGAAUUGCUCAAGCUUGAACACACAUCUUCAGUGGAUCAUUCCAUGGUAAUUAUAGCUGUCAUUUGGGCAUGCACCAAAAGUAGAGAGACCUUCAGUGCUCUCUGCUUGUUAAAUCUUCUAAUAUGAAGUAGCAGAAUUAUUGCCCUUGACCUGUUUAUAUGCCAUUAUGCCUAUUCAUUGAGCCUUGUGUAAAGGACAGUUUGCUUGAUUUGGACAAGGCACUAGGCACAUGAAGUUACCUAAAGCAUUACGCUCACAUGUUCCCUACCGGUGAGGCCUAUAAUGGUCUCUAGAAAAUUAAGGAUCAUGGAUGGUUCAUGAUCAGAGCCAUAUACUUUGUAUCAAUUAAUGAAAUUAAUUUUGGACCAUUGUAGAAGCCACCAUUCUGUACCUAUUGGAAGUGGUGUGAUUGGCAAUGGGACUCCUUUUGAAGUGAGAAAUCUUGUUUUCAACAACCUUAUUGUAAUUCAGUUGCUUACAACAGAACCAUCAACAUGGGUCAUUACCUCUUAAUGGAACAAUUGAUACUUUCACUUCCCCUAUAUGAAUUGAUUAUUACUUCUC